CACACGUACUAAUUGUAAGCCGUCCAUGGUGCUAUUUAAAUCAUAAGCCAAGUGGGCAAAUAUUCCCCACGCGUUGUUUGGUGACCGUCUAUAGUAUCCUCAGCGUCGGAGAACUCCCCACCUGACUGUGAAGAUAAAGAAUGCGUUACCUGGCUAGGUAAAGCACCGCGGGUCACGAUAUCACCACCGCCAUUCACGCAUCACCGGCGAAGCGGCUUCCUUACUCACUGCAAGUAUAUACAGUGUGUGUAGGUAGGGCGUGUCUCUCGCUAUACACACAUGUCAAGUCACAUUUUCAAUCUGAAUUUCGAAACCUCGUCAGUCUUACCCGAGAGGUCAACGUCCACCACCUGUAACUCGGACGGACACCUGUUUGAUUCCAGACGUCCAGGACAGCUACAACCAUGGCUAGCUGGCCAGGGAUACUGCUGGCAGCGGCUACUUUAACUUUUAUUGGAUUGUUUUUUCAAGUGGGCGGUUUUGUUUUGCCAUGGUGGUUUGUGAUAGGGGACGGUGUGUACAUCGGAGUAUGGUACCUGUUGGACUGUAAGAGUGGUAUCGCCGCUGUCCGAAAUUGUUCUGUCUAUAGCUACAGAGAGGAUAGUAGCAUCGCAGACUACAAUGCUACCGCUAUAGUAUCCCAGAGCUACUACACGGGCCUCCAGGUAUGUACGACUGUGGCCUUGGGACUAAUCCUGUUCGUCACGCUAGGGUUUAUCUGUGGAGGAUGUGAAUACUGCAAGGACAAGGCUGGCUAUGUCUGGGGAUGUAUCUUCCUUUUUAUCUCAGGGAUACUGUUGCUGGUCUCCCUGGGCCUUUUCGCGUGGAUCUACGUCGAUACGCACGUAAACCUACCAAACUACCAUUUGGACGGCCGCUCGUUCCCGUGGGGAGUAGUCUCGACUGGACUGGGGUCUUUGUUUGCUUUCUUCGCGGGUAUUGUGUUAGCUGUAUUAUUGUGUAGAUGGGAUUAUCAUAUGUAUGACGGUGACGACGACGAUUACUACGAUCGUGGACACCGACAAGUACCUAUGUCGCAGAUUGACCACAAACGUGGUUACGACCGCACCGGAUACCAAAACCAUGCGUACCCGGCGUCCCGGAGCGAGUACGAGAAACCCCCGGCUCAACCCCAAUACUACUACGGUAGUUCACACCGAUCUGGCCAGUCUGCCAACCCUUCCCCACAGUACGUCCAGGCCGCUAGUCCCUACCGUCAGAGUGCAAGCAUGUACAGACCCAUAGCUGCCUCAACUCGACAGGACCGCUACUGAACAGAGACACACCUAUAGUCGUCUCCACACGACGGGACUGCUACUGAACAUCGACAGACCAUUUCGGAAAGUGUCUCGCUUGAAAUGGAGCAAAGUUGCCUGCAUAGAGCACGGAAAACAAGACUCACGAAGUUUCAUUGUGUAUCCGGGCUACUCAAGUACUGCAUUCAAUUUAACUUACAUACAUCGAUACUGCGAUUCUAUCAUCACCAACAUAGUAUAAAGCUGCCAAUAUUCAGUUACGCAGCAUUACGACUUUUAAAUAUUAUAUUUUUAUUAAUGAAGCUUUAGUAACAGAAUCACUAUUUCACUGUUUAUUAUACAUUGGUCAUAUUAUAUAUUAUUACUUUUA